UUACGGUUUCAACUCAUAAGACAGAAAUUAACCAAGUUUUCUCAUUCAUUGCGGCAUUUGAUCGUGUAAUUGAGUCGAAUAAUUCAUGAUCAAUUCAAAUAAAACUAAAACUAUCCUAAGGAAAUAUCGAAGUCUAAAUUAUGUGGAUGUUAGUAUAAUAAAUACUCCAAUUUUAUAUAGUACAUGUACUGAAUCAUCCCUGUACUAUCUUAGCCAGGCCUUGAAGACAAAACAAAACCUAUAAGCAAACAGUGGCAAGCCACGCGUCUAAGCCGUCAUUACAGCAUGGUACAGUCUGCUCAAAACUCUCCCCCACCGCCUUCCUCUCCUAGAAAACCAUAACAAAAAGGUUCCUUCUUAUAAAUACAUUCAUUCCUCUCUAUCUCCAAAAAACCAUUUGCUCUGUUUCUUUGAGUUUUCUGGCAAAAGAUGCCGUCUGAAUCGGAUGCAUUGAUGAAGCACCCAAUUGGACAGCAAAACAACACUCCUGGUCCACAAAGACUUCACCACCCACUUCCAAAUCUUCACGAGUCACUCCUUUGCCCACGGUGCAAUUCCGUGAACACCAAGUUUUGCUACUACAACAACUACAACAUGUCUCAACCGCGCCAUUUCUGCAAGGACUGUAGACGUUACUGGACUCACGGCGGCGCUCUUCGUAACGUCCCUGUUGGCGGCGGAACGCGCAAGAAUUCUAAACGUCCUCGCUCCUCUUCUUCCUCCACCACCACUUCUACUACUUCAUCUUCUUCAACUACUAAUACUGGUAACUCUACUCGCUCGUCUCUGACUCCAACUACCGCUGAUCAGCCUGAUCAAUCUUCCGCUCCAACUACUGGUGAUCACCCUGAUCAAUCUUCUGCUCCAAUUCCUGCUGUUCCUCAUCGAACUGUCUUUCCGGGGAAAACUGAUAGCUUGUUGGACAGUUUGAAUCUGAUUAAGAAUAUUAACUCUGCUCAUCUGAGCCAAAAUGGAAACUUUUUUCCGGUUUUCAACCCUCAGGUUCAGGGUCAUGGGUUUAUGGGUAUGGUCGGAUAUGGUUCGGGUGGUUACGGGUACGGGUUCUGCGAUGUCGGAAGAGGAAACAAUUGGGUAUUUCCAGGAAUGAGCUAUGUUAACGAUGGUGGUGCUUUUGCUGGUUCUGUUUCUGGUUCUGGUGCCGGUACUGGUAUUGGCAGUGCUGUAGAAGAUGGUACUUGUUUAGGGUGGCAGCAAAUGGGGAUAACUAAUGUUAACGGAGGAGGAUUGGUAGCCGGAGAUAAUUGCGUAACUUGGCCUGGUCUUGGAAUUUCUCCACCGGGAAAAGGUUCCAAAUGAAUCAAUUUUGCUGUUUAACUAAAUUUUGGACAAUCAGAGAAGCUUCUUGGAACGCUUUUUUCUGUUUUUUUGGAUCAUGUCUGGUUUACCUAAUAUGUAGUUCCAUUUUCCCAGUUAAUCCACAGGGGUAUAGAUAUAUAUAUGACUUCUUCUAAUUCGGAUCAAAAGUCUCCGGUAGUUUUUUGUUAGGGUUAUGUUGUAAUGGCUAUGUAAAGCUUUUUUUGGGGGUGAUGGUGGUCUCAUCGGCGGAAAGAAUUUGAAAUAGAAUGGCGAAGACACAACUUUUAUUAUAUUUGUUGGUGCUUUUUAUAGUUCUUAAUUAAUGAAUUAGUUAAUGCUGUUUGUUUGGCUUUAGUUCGAUUCUAGGUAUACACACCUGAACUGGCAACAGAAUAAGCUGAUCGCACCAAACUAAGUUUCAAAUUUCUAAGAAUGUCUGCUGCUCUCGCGGACUCGAGUAUCAAGAAAAUAAAUGAUCAAGAAUAAAGAGUUUUAUUUCUGACAUUACAGUUCACAUUAGGGGUGUUUGGUUACCAUAAUAGUUCAGCCCAGUACCACUGUAAGUGAUCAUACGACUCUCACUAGACAUGUUGAAGGGCCUGGGUGUUCGGCCAGGUCCGUCCCUCGGGCGCUAGAUUUGGACGCUGAUUUUGUGUUUCAAGC